CCCGGUGGCGCCGCGAUGAGCCGCCCGUCCUCCGCCGGCCCCGGCGCCGGUAAGCCCUGCGCCAAGCAGCAGCACGCCGCCUCCCCCGCCGCCGUCCUCCCGGGGCCCGGCGGGGCGUCUCCGCCGCCCCCCCCCGCCGCCGCCGCCUCCCCCCCCGCCUCCCCCCCCCCGCCGCCGCCGCAGCAGCAUCACGAACUGACCUCGCUCUUCGAGUGCCCCGUCUGCUUCGACUACGUGCUGCCGCCCAUCCUGCAGUGCCAGGCCGGGCACCUGGUCUGCAACCAAUGCCGGCAGAAGCUGAGCCUCUGCCCCACCUGCCGGGGCUCCCUCACCCCCAGCAUCCGCAACCUGGCCAUGGAGAAGGUGGCCUCGGCCGUGCUCUUCCCCUGCAAGUACGCCACAACAGGCUGCUCUCUGACGCUCCAUCACACAGAAAAGCCAGAACAUGAAGACAUCUGUGAGUAUCGUCCCUACUCCUGCCCAUGCCCUGGUGCCUCCUGUAAGUGGCAGGGAUCCCUGGAAGCCGUGAUGUCCCACCUCAUGCACGCCCACAAAAGCAUUACCACCCUUCAGGGAGAAGACAUCGUUUUUCUUGCCACAGACAUUAACCUUCCAGGGGCGGUUGACUGGGUGAUGAUGCAGUCGUGCUUCGGUCACCACUUCAUGCUAGUGCUGGAGAAACAAGAGAAGUAUGAAGGUCACCAGCAGUUUUUUGCCAUCGUGCUGCUCAUCGGCACCCGCAAGCAAGCGGAGAACUUUGCGUACAGACUGGAGCUGAACGGCAACCGCCGCCGGCUGACCUGGGAGGCAACGCCGCGCUCCAUCCACGACGGGGUGUCCGCGGCCAUCCUGAACAGCGACUGCCUAGUCUUUGAUACGGCUAUAGCACACCUCUUCGCUGACAACGGAAACCUCGGCAUUAACGUGACUAUUUCUACGUGUUGUCCGUGAUGUAUCUGCGCAGCUAGCGAAACCUAGGCUGUCUGGACAUAGUGCUUUACAUUCACCAAGGGUUUUCUUUCUUUCUGUUGUUUUUGGUUUUUUUAAAUGAUACUCAACUAUGCCAUCCUGUAUGCCAAGGUUCCUAACUAGCCAACAUUUUUAACUCUGGAGAGAAGAGGAACAAAAGUGUUCUGUAACUAAUAUGAGUGGGAAAAGUUCUUUUUAAAUUCUUGGGUGCCUUAGGAAGAUUCCCCACACACAGUCACCUUUUUAAAUUUAAUUCUAUUUUAUUUAAAGAGUACUUCCAUUAGACAUGUGGCUUAAGAGACCUGAAGGACUGCAUUCCUGUUUGGAGCACACCUAAAAGCCCUUUCAGCAGGAACAUAGACUUGCUCUCUCACUGGUGAGCUUUAAUAACAGUUUUUAAUAGGUGGGAAAGAAAUCCAAGCAACCUCUCACAAGAGAAGUUGUGACUCAGAGGGGAACAAUAGGUAUUUCAGUGUUGAGACUUCAUUUCCUGCUACCUUAUUAAAAAGGGAUAAGCACUGGAUCAUUUGCUGUGUUUUUAAGAGGAAAAAAGGGGAGGAGGGGCUGGGGUAAAGCAUGGCAGGUCUCGCUGAGCAUGGGAAUUGCCAGCCCCCGUCUGUUUUAGGAGGAUCCAUGAGCCCAGCACACGGCACAGCCGCUCGCAGCUGGGUGCAGGUGAGAGCAGGAGGCACACACCUAACGUAUCUCAAACAGCUAGAGCCAGUAACACAGGAAUAUACUCGAGCUGUCCACAUGCAGCUUCCCUUGGAGACAUACUUGACUAUUGUAAAAGUUUAAUAAUAAUAUAGCAAGAGCUUUAUGGCCAGUGUCGCAUCAUUUGCUAUUUAAGUUUUGUUGCCAUAUUUACUUUUAUUUUGUAAUAAAUAUUUUGCAAAAACGA